GUCUGAUAAGAUCCAUCAAACACAAAAAUGUGUAAACAUUAUAACAGUUUCUGCUUUUUUUUUUCUUUCUUCAUCCGCAGAUCCAACUUGAAUCAACUGAAAAAAACAAAUGACAACGCUUUCUUUCGAUCCUUCACACCCACCCAAGGCACCUCUUUCAGGGAGCAAUUGUGGCUCAUUUGGAUAUACUACCCUCCAGAGACGUUUGCCAGUCAUUGUUUCUAAGAUUGUAGAUGAUGUCUAUAGGGCAUAUAAUGCACUGUCAGAUACCGACCCACUCAAGGCAGAAAAGGAGCAAGAAGCUAAAAAAAUAAUUGAGACCAUUGGAGGAUUGAGAUACGAGUUACAGCGCGAUAAGCCCUUUCGACCGUUCACUGAUACACUUCCAGAUGUUGAGGAAUGGAAUCAAACUUUAGCAAAAUACUACCCAAAUUCAUCUUGGUACAAAGCUUCGUGGCUCUUUUCAGAAUGCUAUCUUUAUCGUCGUGUCAAAGAGGCUUUUGCAUUGACACAGCAUUGGCGUCAAUAUGAUCCGUUUUUUGAGCAGAAGCAGACUGUCUUCAAGUCAUCUCAAAAGGCCGUGGUCGCGAUCGCAGUCCAGUUGAUGUCCCCUACGAAUGAAAAUGAUCAUCUGUCUGCGCUGGACGUUUUGGUCAGUAAAGGGCCGGAAUCUAAGGGCACAAGAGAAGCUUUCCUUGAAUUGACUCAAAUCUGUCUUUGGGGCAAUGCUACAGAUUUGUCAUUGCUUGAUAACCCAGAUCUAGAAAAGGUGGAGGAAUUACAGCGCAGGUUGAUGGGAAAUAGGCACCAAGCAAAGAAUAGUGGUAACAGUAGUAAUACCAACAAUGACAGUUCAUUAUCUACCUCAGAAGACUCUUCAACAGUCAAUGCUGAUCAGUCGCAGAGGGAGCAUAGAGAAGACCAAGAACCCACUGAGCUAGAGAAGCAUGCUGAAAAAAUCUUGCAGAACGACACUGAAUUAUUGUGGCAGAAGGUUAAGGCCAUGCGCAAUGGGCGCGUCGAUAUUAUUCUGGACAAUGCAGGCUUCGAACUGUUUGUUGAUCUUGUGUUUGCGGAUUAUUUGGUCCGUGCAGGAUUUGCAUCCACUGUUGAUUUCCACGCUAAAAAUAUCCCUUGGUUUGUCUCGGACGUAAUCCCAUUUGACUUUCAAUGGACUAUUGACCAACUUUACAAAGCAGGCGAGGAUGAGGACAAAGACAAUAAUGCCACGGACACCUCAGCCACAUCAACCUCGUUCUUUAAUCCAUCUGAUGUGAAUGAGCAAAAAGCACUCAAGGAUCUGGGUAAAAGAUGGCAAAACUAUCUCCAGCAGGGUGUCUGGAAGGUGGGGACUCAUGAUUUCUGGACAUCGUGCUUCGCGUUCUAUCAUCUUCCCAGUCUACCUUCCGCUCGAGAUUUAUUCCAGGAUAUGAAGAAAUCAGAUUUGUGGAUCUUUAAGGGCGAUCUAAACUAUCGUAAACUGGUUUACGAUUGUCAAUGGCCCACAACAACACCCUUCACAGAAGCCAUUGGGCCAUUGAGUGGUAAAGAUAUCCCCAGCUUAGUCUCGUUUAGGACCUGUAAAGCGGAUGUAGUUGUGGGACUUAAAUCCGGUGUUAAAGAAGAGGUGGAGAAGAAGGCCAAGGACUGGAUGAUCAGUGGAGAGUACGCUGUUAUUUCAUUUAGUCCAUAGAUUUCGUUGAUUAUUUGAUAAAUAACGCCGAGAGUAUUUUAAUAGAGAGUCUAGAGAAAAGCAGUGAG